UCCUGUUUUAAAAUCCACGUUCAAAUAUGGUAGAUAAAUUAGUCAAGCAAUUUCUUAGUAAAUUACGCUGCGAGAAUACAGAAAGGCCGACAUUGAGGCGUAUUUGCGGUAUUUUAGGAGGUCAUUAUCCCAAUUCUCCAUCGAUGUCGCCUCAGCUGAAGGUAAUUCCGGAAGAGCAUCUUCGACUCGCCGAAAAGAUUUGGGAUUAUAUGUUACUCGGAAACACGCCGGUAAAGUGCGAUGUCAUAUUGGCUUUGGGUAAUAAUGACAUUCGUGUGGCCGAACAUGCUGCUAAAUUAUGGUUGGAAGGUUACGGAGAUUGGUUGAUGUUUUCAGGAGAAAUGGGUAAUUUAACGAAAGGAAAAUGGACAAGGACCGAAGCCGACGUUUUUCGCGAAGUGGCUCUAAAUCUAGGAGUACCCAACAAUAGAAUAAUAUUGGAAGAAAAUGCCACCAACACCGGAGAAAAUAUUCGUUUUUCUUACGACGUUCUUCAUAAAUUAGGGCAUCAGGUAUCUAGUAUUAUUUUAGUCCAGACACCUUUCAUGGAACGUAGAACAUACGCUACGUUCAUGAAACAGUGGCCCGGACAACCUACAAGAAUGAGAGUAUUGGUAGCAUCUCCACCCAUACCUCUACACGAAUAUCCCAACGAAACGGUAGGAACCAUGACAGAAAUCAUAGGUUUAACCGUCGGUUGUCUACAAAGGAUUAUCCUGUAUCCAAAAUACGGUUUUCAAACACCACAACUCGUACCCGACGACAUUUUAUCCGCAUACGAGCAAUUAGUACAAACGGGAUUAUAUAACAAUUUUAUUCUGAAAGAUGACGACAACGUGUAAUUUAAAUAUGCGUUUAAAGAUAUUUUAUGUAACACUGUUGAAUAUAUUUACUGCCAAGCAGCGUUAUUGCUUUGAAUGUUGUAAUUAAUGAACGAAUAAAUACAUAUACACCGUUAAA